GUAGAUGAUGAAGAACUUGAAAUAUUUGGUCUUAUCUGGCUGGAUGAUAAUACACAAAGUGAAGAUAAUAGAGAUACAGAACAAAGAUUACGUUCUAUUAUUAAUCGUCUGAAGAAAUUUCAAGACGUAUUACAAUGUGAAAAAUAUGUUAUGAAAAGAUCUUCGAAAGAUCGAUUGGUAAUAAUUGUAAGUGGUCGAUUAGGACGAAUAAUAGUUCCUACUAUUCAUGAAGUUCGACAAGUCGUGUCAAUAUACGUAUACUGCAUGAACAAGAAAGCCAAUGAAGAAUGGACUCAUCAUUUUCCAAAGGUACACGCUGUCAUUACUGAGCUCGAUGAACUUGUGUCUCGAAUUACAGCUGAUCAUAAAAUUCAAAAAGUCGUAGAAGAACCAUUAUCAAUUAAUAUUUUUAAUGGUCAAUCAAUAGCUGGUAUCAAUGGUAAAUUUGUUUUUUCACAAGUUUUGAUCGAUUGUCUUCUGCGAUUGGAAUCGGACGAAAAAGAUAAAACGGAACUUAUUAAACGUUGUAAAAAGACGUACGAUGGUAAUAAUAUUGAAUUAAGAAAUAUUCGUGAAUUUAAAAAGAAAUAUUCGUCAGACAAAGCUUUACAGUGGUACUCACGAGAGUCGUUCUUUUAUAAGACUCUUAAUGCUGUUCUACGUAAUGAAGAUAUUCAUAUGAUGUUUUUAUUUCGUGAAUUUAUUGCUGACAUUCAACAUCAAUUGAAAUCUUUUCGAACUGAUAAAAUUCAAAGACUUUAUCGAGGACAAAGGAUAUCAAAAGAGGAAUUGGUAACAUUAGAACAAAAUUGUGGACAACUUAUUUCAGUGAAUUCAUUUUUUUCUACAAGUGCUGAUGAGAAACAAGCUCGUGCCUUUCUCCAUGCUUCACAUGCUGCAAAUAAUUUAGAAAAGGUUUUAUUUGAGAUUAAUGCUGAUCCUAAAAUGACUGCUACAAAACCAUAUGCUGAUAUUAGUGGCAAUAGUGAAUAUCCGGGUGAAUCAGAAAUACUAUUUAUGAUAGGUUCUAUUUUUCGUUUGAAUAGCGUUGGUCAAAAUAGUGAUGAUAAUAUCUGGAUUAUUCGAAUGACUUUAUGCAGUGAAAACGAAAGUGAUCUUAAAAAUGUUCUCCAAUAUAUGAAACAUCAACUUGGCACUGGAGAAACAAAUCUUCGAACAUUAGGAAAAGUAUUAUGGGAAAUGGGGAGACUUGAUUUAGCUGAACAAUAUUUUAUUCGUUUAUUAAAUAAUCUACCAGAAAAUCAUCAUCUACUUAGUGAUUUAUAUGAAGAUCUUGGCAAAAUAGCAUCACUCACCGGUGACUAUGACAAGAGUAUUGAUUAUCAUCAAAAGUCGCUUGCACUCAAGGAUUCAAAUAAAUCAAUGAACACCAUGCAUGCUGAUGAAUCUAACAACCAAAAUAAACCAAUGUCAAAAAGUGUGAAUCAUCUGAUGACGUCGACCACAAAUACAAAAGAGCAAGAGAUAUUCGAAGUUGUUUACACCGUCACAACUGAUGUUGGUUCCAUUGUAAGACGCAUAUACAGAGAUAUUGGUAGCUUUUUUUCGAACAACGGAUAUGCUGUUGGCAAGCUUCGUUACUUGAAAGGUAUUCACCGCAUUCGGUUGAAACUAGGUGGUGGAAAACCAUUUUUUGGAAUUAUCAGUCAGAAACAGGCAGUUGAACUUAGACAUCUUUCACAUGCUAGUCUCGAUUCGUUUAACAAAUACCACAAGCAGUGGAGUGUCUACGGUUGGUGUACAGGCACAGGUGAUAUUAUAGUCAACGGUGAAGAAUCUUGGCAAAUGAACAAACCAUUCGAAUACUGGUCAGCGUCCAACGAAAGUAAUGACAUAUUCGAGCUAAAACUGAAUUGCGACGAUCAACAGAUGAGUAUUGUCAGUGUCAAUACGAAAAUACGUGAUACGCUGUGCGUGAAUGCUCCUUUGCCUUGGUGCCUUUUUAUUAGUACUCACGACACAGCAAGUCAAGUAGCUGUGAUUAAAUCUUAUUCUACUGAUGCCUC